ACUGAAUACUUAUGUCCGUGAAUUUUCUAGAAGGCAUCUACAUCCCCACCUUAAUAUUUGUUUCCUUAGCAAUUUCAAGUCUCGUGUGAAGAUUUUUGAUCUUCACGUUAUUUAUUUGCGCAUAAGAAACUGGACGUCAAAAACGUAAUUAGAAUUUUGAAACAAAUUACGGUUUUGGAAGAGUGCGUUAACCAUUUUAAUAAUUAUAUUUGAAAAUAAUAUAAGAUUUCAAAUAUAAAAGGAGUGAUUAGCAAAAUCGUCGAAAAUCGUCGAAAAUUUUUGAAUAUCCUGAUUUAAAUUUAUAUAUUGGGAUUUGAAUAAUAUUUAUUCAAUACUUCUGUCAAUUACAAAAUGGCCAAAUGGGGUGAAGGUGAUCCAAGGUGGAUAGUGGAAGAAAGGCCUGAUGCUACUAACGUUAAUAAUUGGCAUUGGGCAUCACUAGUUUCAUGUACAGUAACAGAAAUAGAAAAAUGUGAGGGUGAGGCAAUGGCAAACAAUAGGAAAGGUAAAUUAAUUUUCUUCUAUGAAUGGAAUAUUGUUUUAAAAUGGAAAUACAAUGGAAAAACUGAUGAGAAGAUUGAGGGUAAAAUAAACAUUCCAAAUCUAUCCGAGGAGAAUGAUAUUAGUGAAGUAGAUGUAAGUAAACAAUUUUAUACGGCUGAAGGUGAAGUAGUAAAACAUUUUCUACAUACAAAAGGAAAAGAUGCUAUUAGGGAAAAAUUGAGGAAAUACGUUUCUUCAUUAAAAGACGAAUUUGCAGCUGGGAUGAUUUUACCCAAGAAAGAUAGCAUAAAAGAAAGUAUUUCAAAUAUCACCUCUGGUUUCAAUGCAAAAAUGCAAAUGAAUUCCACAGUGGUGUCAUCGCAAAAUAAAAAAGAGUUAGGAACGAAAAUUUCAACAACCACGAUCAAGCAGCGACAGACGUUCCAAUGCAGAGCGGAAGAAUUUUACAAUGUGCUUACGACGAAUGAGAUGGUUCAAGCAUUUACGAAAGGACCGGUAAAACUAGAACCAAAGAAAGCUGGGAAGUUUGAAUUAUUUGGUGGUAAUAUUUAUGGAGACUUUGUCGAAGUUACGCCUACAAAGAUUGUUCAAAGGUGGCGUUGUAAACAAUGGCCUGAUGGUCACUUCAGCGAUGUGACUAUCACUAUUUCGGAAAAAAAUGACCACACCGAAGUUAAUUUAACGCAAACAGGUGUACCACUCAGUGAAGAGGAAUCAAUAAAAGAAAACUGGGAAAGGUACUACUGGGAUGCUAUAAAACGUACAUUUGGAUAUGGCUAUUUUAUGUGAUCUAUGUAUGUCUUAAAUUUUCUUUGCUUAUUGAUAAGUAGAAAAAUUAUUAAAAUCUGUACUACUGUGCAUCGCCUUGCAUAUUUUUUUUUGUCUUCGACAAAUUAGUCGCUUAAUAAUCAGCCUUAUACAAGAUGUGUCUUGUCUCAAUUUUAGUUACUGAAACUUUCAUUUUUCAACCCCUUCUAUUCAGUACGCUGCAUCAAUUAAGCAGGCGGUCAUGUCUUUGCUUAUACUAUGAGGUAUUGGUGAGACGUCUGUAUUACUAGUUGUAUAUGUCAAAUAAACCAUGUCACGUACUUAAUCCUGUUUCCUUUCUUAGCAUUCAUAAUUGAGUUCUAACUUGAUUUUAUUAAUUUCAUACGAGGUAGGUAUUUGGGGAUUCCAAGGAGUUAUAAUUUCUUUGUUAAUCAUUAGAAUUAAUUUCAAUAUUACAAAGUUUAAAUUUGAUUAUAUUCUUCUAAAAAUAGAAGAAAUGUGCGUCCUUUUAUAAAGUUUGUUAUAUCUACAAUGAUUUUUCAUUAAUUUAAUAUUUUUCAAGUAACUUUAACUAUUUGCGUUCCAAGACCAUAUUACCUAGGUACGUGGUUUGGUAUAUAAGUCAAAAACAACUUGACCAAUUCUAAUCCAGCUUAUUUUAAAGUGAUCAUCCCUUUAAAAUUUAUCAUAUCACCAGAUACAAACUAAAAAAAGAUCUUUUAAGAGGAAUUAAAAGGACAAAAAUCUCUUGGAAAUUAUGAUUGAUUACAAAGACAGGAGAAGUUAUUUUAUUCUUUGUUUCAGAAGAAAAGUGCGAACUAAACUAAAAUAGAAUGUGAGCAGUGCAAUUUAACUUUAUGUAUCUUCAAAUAAGUAUAAUUAUAUUUUGUAUAUAUUAUGUAUUAAGAGGGUAACUCUCCGUAAGAGCGAAAACCCUGAAACUCGCGAACUUCCAGUUCGACACCCCUGAUUUAUAUUUGGUUCUCACCUGAGAUAACUGGAUACCAAUAUACAGGACACUCUUAAAUUAUGAUGCACAGAUAAAAAGACUUAUGCAACUCAUUAAACUGAUCGUGAGUAAAGAGAAACUCUCAGUGAACAUGAGUCGAAAUUUUAUCGGUGUCUAAGAUAAAAAUAGGUUUUAUUUUACAAACAAUUGCAACUGAAUUGAGAACACCGAAUUAUCUCAAAAUAUAGUGAUACGAAUAAAUAUAUUAGGAAAAAGUUGCAAAGUGUGAAAUACCCAAUAUUACAGUGGGAGGUAUUUGACCGUGAGGUGACCGUAAAACGUCCUAUAAAUGUCACGUUAUAUAGUAAUCUUUCUUGAAUUGUCCCACCGCUCGAAAUCACGUUAGGACAAUUUAAGAACAGCAGAAUAGCUCACUUAAGAACACGGUUUUCAAGUCUCACGACUCGCUUUUGUACCACCAGUAGUUGUCGACAGAUCAGAAAAGAAAAGGAUGGAAUGAUAACUGAAACAGCCGAGAAAUUUAAAAGUCGGUGUAUCGGUGUAAUAACACAUACAAGCAUGACAGUUAUAAUAAAAACGGCGGUUUAACAUUUUUAUUUGUAGCUUUUUCUGCAUGAGAAUUCUGUAAACUGUAAACUGUAAAAUGUCUUAUGUGAAGUUUCCACUCAGUCGCUGCUCCACAACAAAGAAAAAUAAGCUUUAUCUGCUCUUUAGCAUGAUUGAUGUAAUAUUUUCCGUGCAGAACAUAAGAAGUUAGCAUUAAUUUUGAAGCCCUUACUUACAAUUUAACUUUAAUUACUAAUAGAUAUAUUACAAAUAGGAAGGUCCGUAUUCAUAUUUCAUGUAAAUAUUUUUUAUUUAUAUAUUUAAUAUUCAAUUUCAUCGAUUAAUGUAUGUGCGGGCAAUGAUGGUCGCGUACCCACAAUAUGACCGUCGUUAUUUAUUAGUGCGUUAUAAACAUAUUCUUCUUUAUUACAACUUUACUUGGCGGAUAAUAAAGACACGGUUUAGAAAAGUUGAAGAAACCCAAUGGACUCCUGAAAGUCUUUGAAAAGCAUUUGAGCUUAUUGAAAAUGAUUACACGAUGCGAAUAUUUAAUGGUAAAUCAUUAAACAUUGCUCUUACAGCUCCAUAGUUGAAAAUAAAAAGGCAAGAUAACUCUAGGUCGAUAAAGGCAGCAUGUUACAUUUCUAACUUCUUCAAUAAACAAAAAAUAUCUGGUAGAAAAAAAGAAAAAACAUAAAAUGAGAAAAAAUGAGGGAAAAUCUUAUAAAAAAAAUCAAAGUAGGAAGGAGAAGAAUAAGAAAUAUUGAUUUUCUUGUCAAAUUAAUCAUUACAUUAAUCUAUUAUGAAAAGCAAUGAUAAUAGUGAUAUAAGUGAAAUAGAAAAUAAAUGCCAUAUUUGCUUCCAAUUUGAUAAUAUUUUAACUGUAAAUCUAUGUAUUGUUUAGGUAUUGUAACCGUACAUAAAUAAUUUAAAUUUAUGAAACACUCAUUUGAAUAAAUAUUUUACCUGAUAUUUUCAUUGUAUUGCAGUUGUGACUGCUUAAGUGACCGCCAUUACCCCACUCCUCCCUAAUUUGGAUCACAUUAACUUAUUUUAUUUGCUUUCGUUAAAUCUAUUGUUCUAGUACGAUUUUUAACUAAGGAACAAUAUGGAAAACAUUAUCGUAUGUCAUUCGGCGGACAAUUUGAGAAUAGAUAUACUGUUCGAAAGACAACUUUAAAACAGGUGUAUUUUUAUUAAUUUAUUUUUGUAAUUUUUCCUACAUACUUUUUUAUAUGUAUAGAUGUUUCCCUUUAUAGUUAACGAUUCUAUAAUAUGAUUCAUGUACAUCGUUCGAGAUUAUUUGGCGAGACAAACAAGAUAAAAUAAAAGUAAAAUUUAAACAAUAAUAAUUUUAAAGAAUUAAGUCA